AUGUCGGUGGGUACUCAGACUAGGAGGAAGCGUACAAGGACGAAUACAAACAAUAUGGUGGGAGGCGACGGUAUCGGUGCAGAAUCCAUAUUAGAAGGGAUGCUUGCGAGACAGAGCUCGUUCUUGCAACACAAUCUUCGAGAUGGGUUGAAUUUUGCAGAAGGGAAUGAUAGCGGUGCUGCGGUUGUGAAUCACAACGAGCCUCCAUUUAUCGACAAUGAAAAUGCUAUUGUUGAUUUAGAUCAUACUAAAGUAGAGCGUAUUGGGGAGGAGGACGAUGAAGGUCAUGAGGAAGAUGAUGAUCUGAUCUUUAUCAAGGAACAGCCGGUCUAUUUCGCCUCACCAACCAUAUUAGGCUCUAAAAACUAUACUUCAACGACCAGUAAAAAAUUCAAGAAACAAAGGACAAUCUCUUUACCACAACUUCCCCAUGCAAAGUUGCUUUAUCAGGCCAUGCGGGAGGCGCCCAGGGUCCAGAAUAAUGAUGAGCUACUGCAUCUAACAGGCUCCACAUCUAAGACUUUAGAUGGCAAUCGCAAGGUAAAUUUGAGGGUGAUACAAAGUCCUUCACCAAUGGACCACGAUCCUUUUUACAGCUCAUCGGUGUCUCCAAAAGCGAAUUCUUCAGCGUCAUCUGAUUCGGACUCUAUGAUGGACUCAGGACUGAAUUAUGGUCAAACCGCAAGUAAUACAACUUCACACAAGAGAUCUUUGAGAAGGUUGUCGGCACCGAGGCUCACUGCAAAAUUGGUUGGUAAGAAGGCCAAAACAAAGAAAAGGAGUAACUUUAAGACCGACAAGGAUGGACACUACGUAUAUCAGCAGGGUGAUGUGUUUGGUGGUAAUAGAUUUCUGGUUGAACAACUACUGGGCCAAGGCACUUUUGGUAAAGUCCUUAAGUGCUAUGAUAUUGCCGGUGACACCACAAUCGAAGCAGAAGCCCAGACUCAUACUUGGAACUCGACCGCGUCGGUACAGCCGAAAUACGUAGCGGUUAAAGUGAUAAGAGCCAUCGAUAGGUAUAGAGAAGCUGCCAAAACGGAGCUUAGGGUUCUGCAAGCCAUUUUGGAGAAUGAUCCACAUGGCCAGUAUCAAUGUCUCAUUCUGCAAGAAUGCUUCGAUUACAAGAACCAUAUCUGUAUCGUAACAGAUUUGCUGGGCAGAUCUGUUUACGACUUUAUGUGUGCCAAUGGCGUUGCGAGGUUUCCCGGAUCGCACGUUCAAGCCAUGGCUAAGCAACUGAUCAGAUCAGUUUGUUUCUUGCAUGAUCUGGGGAUCAUUCAUACCGAUUUAAAGCCAGAAAAUGUUCUACUGUGUGACGAAACCUGUGUCGAGAAGAAUUUGCCAUUGGAUAUUGUCCGCACGAUGAGCGCGAGACGUAAGGAAGCAAGCGGUGGCAAGAGGAAGUUUUUGACGAACCCGGAGAUUAAAAUCAUUGAUUUCGGAAGCGCUGUUUUUCAUAAUGAGUAUCAUCCACCAGUAAUAUCCACCCGUCAUUAUAGAGCUCCGGAAAUAGUACUUGGGUUGGGAUGGUCGUUUCCAUGUGACGUAUGGUCAAUAGCCUGUGUCCUGGUAGAACUGGUGACCGGUGAGUCCUUGUACCCUAUUCAUGAGAACUUGGAGCAUAUGGCAAUGAUGCAGCGUAUCAAUGGUGAGCCGUUCCCUCCAAAAAUUGUCGAGAAAAUGUUUUACAAAGCCACCCAUAAACUAGGUAAUUCUCCUUCAGACCUGAGUUCCACAGUUCUCAAGCACUUCGAUAAAAAUGCGCUAUCACUGCAGUGGCCGGAGAAGAACAAAAAAGGAGAUUACAUCACAAAAGAGAAAUCAAUCAAAAGGGUAAUGAGCUCGUGUGACAGAUUAGAUAUUCAUAUUUCAAAAAAGAUAAGGGCAGACUACGGUGAAUGGUUGAGCAUCAAUUGGAAUCUGACGCCUGAGAAGAAUUGGGCUUUGAUAAGAUCAAAGGCUUUAAAUGAAAAGAAGUAUAAUGGGAUGGUGGCUGGUGAUUUGAACAAGGAAACAUUUUUAUUUUGGUACUGGUUUGUUGAUCUUUGUCGCAAAAUGUUCGAGUUUGAUCCCACCAAAAGGAUCACCGCAAAAGAGGCACUAGAUCACGAAUGGUUUAGUUUGGGUAUAUUGGACGAAGGAAUUACUUGCUUUGGGAAAUUUUGA